AUGGCGUUUGCUGGGACAAACCUUAGUUUGACCCAGCCGGAUAUAAUGCAAAAACUGACGGAGCGCAUAGACGACCUGAAGCAGAGAAUCGCUGCUUGGGGAAAGCGGAUUCGUCGAUAUACCGAGAGGUCGCCAUGGUUCAACCAGAAUCGUCUCUUCCAGAGUGAUCAGAAGAGGCUCUAUAAAUCGUUGGAGCGACCAAUAUUAAGUGGAACGGGCUCAGUACCGAAUCAGGCCGACACGGUCGCAUUCUGGCGCAGCCUGUUGUCAAAGCCCGUAAACCACAACGAGAGCCCUUGGACGGAAGUUGUGGAGAGUCAGUGUGCGGAUAUUACGCCCAUGGACCCCGUCAUCAUAACGCCGGAUGACGUAGCUAAGGCGGUCCGUGGGCCCCGAACUGGAAAAGUCCGGGGCUUGACGGGCUGCAUCACUACUGGCUGA